AUGGCCGGGCGGAAGCGGCGGCAGUGGAACCCCGCGUCGUACCUCAGCGACGACCUGUUGAUCGAGAUCCUCGUGCGGCUGCCGGCGAGGCCGCUGCGCCGCUUCAAAUUUGUCUCCCGGUCAUGGCGCGAUCUCAUCUCAGGCCCUGUCCGCCGCCGGAGGCUUGCGCACACUGACGCCGCGUCGGGCUUCUUCUUCUACCAGCAUGUCCACGGCGACGGCUACCUGGCGCCGGUGACGACGACGGACUUGAGCUUCACCGCCCUGCUAUGCCCUCCCGAUGGAGGUGGGGGCGGAGGCUCGCCGUCUCCGUCCCUCGAUCAAGCCUUCCCGUUCCUGCCUUGUUCGAGCGGCACGUGGACCCGGACGGAGCUGCUGGACUCGUGCAACGGGCUCCUCCUCCUACGCUGCCACCGCCCCGGCUCCGACGGCGAGCUGCAGGCCGCUCCGCCUCUCUACAUCGUCUGCGACCCCGCCACCCAGGGCUGGGUGGUCGAGCUGCCCCCCGUGCCCUUGCCGGAGCCUAGUCGUCGCCGGGAUCACGUUCACAUUGCCGACCUCGAUUUUUUUCAUCAUCAGCAGCAACGGCUCGAGCACACCCGCCCUGCCGCUCUGGCCUUCGACCCGGCCGUCUCCCCGCACUUCCACGUCUUGGAGCUGGUGGAGGACGACGGGCGGCGGCAGUACAGUUCCCGGAAGAGCGAGUGGAGCUACCGCAUCUCCUACGCCGGCGAGAACGCCUGCUUCAACGGCAGCGAGUGGAGGUACAGCCUCGCUUACGCCGGCAAGCACGCCUACCUCAACGGCUCCCUGCACCUCACCACCACCGACACCGAGAACGGCAUGGUGGUGGUCGCGUCGGUGGACACCAAGGGCCAGACGUGGAGGGCCACCCGCGUGUGCCCGGCAACGCUCGGCGCCCCCGGCGUGAUCGCCCAGUCACAGCGCCGCCUGCUCUACGCGGACACUCGUGACCUGUCGGUCUACGUUCUCGAGGACGGCGGCGCCGGCGCCGGCGCCGAGAGGUGGAUCUUGAAGCACCGUGCCUGCAGGGCGCUGGAUGAUCCCGACUGCCUGCAGGGGCAGAGCGUGGUUGCCAUCCAUCCGGAUUGCAAUGUGAUUUUCCUCUUUGAUAGACGACGGCGGAGCCUUAUCGCCUACGAUAUGGAUCAUGGGACUACACGUCUCGUCCACAGUUUCAUGGAUGCAACGGCGAUCAUGUACCACUUUUUCCCAUAUAUACCAUUGUACUUGCAAUAA